AUGACUUUGUCGAUCCCUUUUUGCUUUGUACUCAGUCUUUCCGCGUUGGGUAAGUCCAUUCUACCUUAAUCCAAGCAGUCCAUCAUAAAGUUUAAGUUUAACAUGUCUAUAAAUGCAUUUGUUGUCUUUUCUGCUAGCAUUGAGUAAAGUCAAUGAGCAAACAAUCUAUCGCAAGCCUGGGACACAAAUUAACAAUGAGUUUGUAAAUGUGGAAUUCGAAGCGCAGGUACUCGGGUGACUUUUCAAAUGAAUGCUUUAUUCACUCAUAAUGCAUGUGUACUCGUAACUAGAAUCGCUUGCAUUUCAUCCUGGAAUACAAUAACUGUUACUCGAGUUUAUCUUUAUGAUCGUGCAUCUCUGAACUCAACUUUGGAUUAUAUUUUUAUUUUACAGGCAAUGAGGACAGGAUGCAGUGAUCCCAAUAAAGUAUGCGGUCAGAUCAGCGGUAAGUCGUUUUCACAUAACCGCACAAAACCGCACGCAACAAAUGCCAUAUCGAAGUAAUCAGCGUUUCUUUUGACAGGCCACAGAGAAACAUUUACCAUUCCUGCGGGCACAAGCAUCCCAACAGGCGACGAUCCUAUCUCAAUUUCAAAGUCUGAAGGCUCAGGUGCUUAUAUUCAAGUAAACGGUAAGCGACCUUCAUGCAUUUGGCAGUAAUGCCCAGGGAAAAUAACCACCGUAACUCAUAGUAUUGUUUUUCAGAUCGUAUUCCACCACAUGGACUUCUCGUACUCGGCCGAUUGGCAGUGCAAAAUGGUAGGGUAGUGACUGAUGGACGUUUUACGGCUGAAUUUCGCGUUACAGUAAGAUUACACGGCAUUUUAUACGCUAAAAUUCUCGACUACGUGUGUCAACUGCAUGUUAACUUUUUCUUUCCACAGGGCUCAAUUCCACCACUUCCGCUGACAAAUUUUAAAAGUAAUCCAACUUCUCUUUCGUCCUAACUCUAUGAACUAGGCGUUUGUUUCAAAUACAAACUGACCUUACGAUUUGUACACUUGGUGAUUUUGAAACCACCUAUUAGUAAUUAUUGCCAUUUGGUGUAAAAUUUGAAAUUCACCCCCUGAUGCUCACUUGAGAGAAAAGAAUUAUCACAUGUAUUACCAAUGUAGGUCGCUUUUGAGGAGUCGCUUAGUUUUGCUUAAAUGUCAUAUAUCGUAACAGGCUGUUCACUCAGUAUGCUUGUCAGUUUAUAUAUUUAAAAAAUGACUAAUCAAGCUGUCACCAGGAAUCUAUUGCUUACCCCGCAAACGUGCCACACGAAAAGAAAAUGUUAAAACACUAAAAAGACAAUGACGUCAAAAUGCAUGCUUCUGAUGUAGAGUUUACAAGCCAACUUUUCCCUCUGUUUGGAUAAGCAAUUUGGGAUCCCUUCAUAUUGGCUUUGUUAAAGGCAUAGCCCUCUUGUCAAACUGACGCUGAACUUCUUACGCCUAACUCCCUGAACUUUAGAUGAAACAGUUGUCCUGCUAAACGGACCAAUGGGAAAUGAACCUGUCAGCAUCAUACUGGCGACCGAUAACGAUGGUGGCGGAGAGACUUUCACGCUGAAAAUCCUUCCUGGCACUUCAACAAGCGGAAGUCCUGUGUCGACUCUCAAGGAAUUCUGCCUGGUCCCUGUCUUCCUAAUGCUAGCAAAACUCUCUGCUGAAAUGUGA